CCUCCCCAGAUCUGCUGUAUUUACAGACACUGCCAGCAGCGUUGGCCUGUCAGAUCUCAACAUGCAGCUCCUGGCAUCCCUCAUCCUCUGCCUCUGCGCAGGGUUCAGCACCGCUAUCAUCCCAGCGGAGGAGGAGAAACCAUCCUUCUGGAACAAGAAGGCAGCUGCAGCCAUCGAAGCCUCCCUCAAAAUCCAGCCCAGGAUAAGCCAAGCCAAAAACCUCCUCCUUUUUCUUGGGGAUGGAUUUGGGAUCCCCAGCAUCACAGCCACCCGCAUCCUAAAGGCACAGCUGCAGGGGAAGCUGGGCCCUGAGACCCCUCUUGCCCUGGAUGCUUUCCCCUACUUGGCUCUCUCUAAGACCUACAGUGUGGACAGGCACGUCCCCGACAGCGCGUCGACAGCCACAGCCUAUCUCUGCGGGGUGAAGGGCAACUACAAGACCAUAGGGGUGAGCGCAGCCGCCCGAUACCUGCAGUGCAACACCACAGCCGGCAACGAGGUGAUCUCAGUGCUGCAGCGAGCCCGCAAAGCUGGGAAGUCAGUGGGCAUCGUGACCACGUCGCGGGUGCAGCACGCGUCGCCCUCGGGGACCUAUGCGCACGUGGUGGACCGGAACUGGUACGCGGACUCCAGCAUGCCCCAGGAGGCGCGGCAGCAGGGCUGCAAGGACAUCGCCUGGCAGCUGGUCCACAACGUCGACAUCAAUGUGAUCAUGGGUGGUGGUCGGAAAUACAUGAGCCCUGUGGGAACACCGGACCCUGAGUACCCCACUGAUAGCCAGCAGAACGGGAUACGUGAGGAUGGGAAAAACCUCAUCAACACGUGGCUGGAGGCACGGCCGGGUGCCCGCUAUGUCUGGAACAGGACAGAGAUGCUGGCUGCUGCGGCCAACCCCAGCGUGAAUUAUUUGAUGGGUCUGUUUGAACCUGCGGACAUGAAGUAUGAACUGGUGCAUAACGCCACCCUGGACCCGUCACUCACUGAGAUGACAGAGGCAGCCAUCACCAUCCUGAGCAGGAACCCCAAAGGCUUCUACCUCUUUGUGGAAGGUGGCAGAAUCGACCACGGACACCAUGAAGGCGCAGCCCAGAAGGCACUGACGGAGGCGGUGGAGUUUGACCGGGCCAUCGAGCGGGCGGGCACCCUGACAGACGAGGCUGAGACCCUCACCGUUGUCACUGCUGACCACUCACACGUGUUCUCCUUUGGUGGCUACACCCUGCGUGGCUCCUCCAUCUUCGCUCUGGCACCCAAGACAGCCAUUGACGAGAAGAACUACACAUCCAUCCUCUACGGGAAUGGGCCGGGAUACCCAGGCGCUGAGCGACCCAACGUGGACCCGGACAGAGCCAUGCAGUUUGAUUACCUGCAGCAGGCGGCCGUGCCCCUCAAGUCGGAGAGCCAUGGUGGUGAGGAUGUGGCCAUCCUGGCCAAGGGUCCCAUGGCCCACCUCUUCCACGGGGUGCAGGAGCAGACCUGUGUAGCCCAUGUCAUGGCCUACGCCGCCUGCAUCGAGCCCUACACUGACUGCCACCAAAGGAACUCUGCCCCUGGCAUCCGCACCACGACCCUGGCCCUGCUCCUGCCAUCCCUCCUUCUGCCCCUCUUCCACUGAUCCCAUGUCCCUAGGGGCCCCCACGGGACAGAUUCAUGUUCCCCUCCCUUCCCCACAGUGUGGCACCUGUGGGCAGAUGACAGCUUUCUGAAGCACUCCUGGCCUGGAUGCAGCAGCC